GGCGAUUCUGCUUCCUGGUGCAGAUUUUUUUGGAGCUGUUGUUAUUGUCAAUUUUGUCGAAGAACUUGCUUUUUGUAUGUUGAGUUAUGUGCGAUAAACGCGUUACUAUUUUCAAAAAUGGAACGAAAGCUAAAGGAAAGGUUAUAUUUGUAUGUGACAGCUUAGAUUUAUUUUUAAAAAAGUGCAGUAAAAAGCUCGAAAUCGAUGCGAAAUUAAUUUUUACCGAAGACGGUGGCGAAAUCGAUGAUAUCCACUUAAUCCGUGACAACGAUAAACUGUUUAUAUCAUCGGGUGAACAUUUUAUAAACGAAAAAAAAUUACCAUCGGAAUGGAUCACUUUAAAUAUUGGCGGGAAAUUAUUUACCACAUCAAAAACCACCCUGACAACAAAAGAUCCUUUUAGUAUGUUGGCGCGGAUGUUUGCUGAAGAAAAAGGGGACUACAUUUACACCCCAAGCAAUAAAGACGCCUCAGGAGCUUUCCUUAUCGAUCGUAGCCCAACUUAUUUUGAACCAAUCUUGUAUUAUCUUCGAAACGGUCAAUUAAUUUAUGAUGAUAACGUCAAUCCUGAAGGAAUACUUGAAGAGGCUAGAUUCUAUGGUAUUGAAUCUUUAGUUCCUAUUUUAGAAAGAAUUAUUACAGCGAGACAAAUCCCGCGAGAUGAACUUCCUCUAACUAGAAGAGACAUUAUUGAUGCAUUAAUUCGAUGCCCUUACACUUCAGAAUUAAGAUUCCAAGGUGUUAGUUUAGCCGGAGCCGAUUUAAGUAAAUUAGAUCUCAGAUAUAUUAAUUUUAAAUAUGCCAAUAUGCAGAAUUGUAAGUUAGUUGGAGCCAAUUUGAGUUGGUGUUGUUUGGAAAGGGCCGAUUUAUCUCAAGCUAUUUUAGAUGGAGCUCAAUUACUUGGUGUUAAAAGUUUAUGUGCAAACAUGGAAGGUGCCCAAUUACGAAAUUGUAACUUUGAAGAUCCAGCUGGAAGUAGGGCUAAUAUGGAAGGUGUGAAUUUGAAAGGUGCCAAUUUGGAAGGAAGCGAUAUGGGUGGUGUUAAUUUGCGUGUUGCAACUCUUAAGAAUGCUAAGCUAAAGAAUUGCGAUUUGAGAGCUGCUGUUAUGGCAGGGGCAGAUCUUGAGAAUUGCGACUUGUCUGGAAGUGAUUUACAUGAAGCAAACUUAAGAGGGGCCAACCUAAAAGAUGCUACCUUUGAAUUAAUGAUGACCCCUUUGCAUAUGUCUCAAACUAUUCGUUGAAAUAAAAACGAUUUGGAAUGAGGAAAAUGAAGAAAUUAAUAGUUUUAAUUAUCUGUGAUUCUUCAAGUAAUCUUUUUUUAAAUAUUUUGUUAUAUUUGGUAUUAUGGACUUUUAUCUCAUUUACAUUUAUUGUUAUGUAUAUGUAUUAUAAAAAUAAUUAAUUAAAUAUUAUUAACCUAACUUA